AUGACUGUCACCUACACAGCCAGAGUUGCAAACGCCCGUUUCUGUGGCUUCUCCAAGCUGCUCCUGGCCUGGAAAGGCAGCAUCUACAAGGUGUUGUAUAAAGAGUUCCUGGCUUUCUUCGCCAUGUAUACCGCCAUCAGCAUCACUUACAGAUUUUUCCUGUACGAUGAUCAGAAGAGGUAUUUUGAAAAGCUGGCAAUUUAUUGCAAUCACUACGCCAGCCUCAUCCCGAUGUCCUUUGUUCUGGGUUUCUAUGUGACCCUGGUGGUGAACCGCUGGUGGAGCCAGUACACCAGCAUCCCGCUCCCCGACAGGCUCAUGUGCGUCCUGUCGGGGGGCCUCCAGGGGAGCGAUGAGCGAGGCCGUCUGCUGAGACGGACCAUGAUGCGUUACGCCAGCCUGUCGGCCCUGCUCAUCCUCCGCUCUGUCAGCACGGCCGUCUUCAAACGGUUCCCCACCGUUGACCACGUGGUGGAGGCUGGAUUCAUGUCAAGAGAGGAACGAAAGAAGUUCGAGGGUCUCCACUCUCCUUACAACAAAUACUGGAUCCCGUGUGUUUGGUUCACCAACCUAGCGGCCGUGGCGCGCUGCGAGGGACGCAUCAAAGACGACCACACACUCAAGCUCCUGCUGGAGGAGCUGAAUGCGUUCAGGGGAAAGUGCAGCAUGCUGUUUCAUUACGACAUGAUCAGCGUUCCUCUCGUCUACACUCAGGUGGUGACUUUGGCAGUGUACAGUUUUUUCCUGGUGUGUCUGAUUGGUCGCCAGUUCCUGGACCCCAGUCAAGGCUAUCCGGGUCACGACCUGGACCUGUACGUGCCCAUCUUCACCCUGCUGCAGUUCUUCUUUUAUGCUGGGUGGCUCAAGGUUGCAGAGCAGCUGAUCAACCCUUUUGGAGAAGAUGAUGAUGACUUUGAGACCAACUGGCUGAUAGACAGAAAUUUCCAGGUGUCCAUGAUGGCGGUGGAUGAGAUGUAUGGAGAUCUGCCGAUGAUGGAAAGAGAUCGUUACUGGAAUGACUCCAACCCCAGACCCCCCUACACCGCCGCCACGCAGUUUGUCCUCCGCAAACCCUCCUUCCAGGGCUCCACCUUUGAUAUGGCGAUCCCCAAAGAGGAGAUGCACUUCCAGCCUCUUGCGGACAUCGCUGAGAACCUGGAGGAGCCAGGCAGCCGUCACCCCAACAUGGCGCUCUUCAACCGCCUGCUCAAUGCCGCCCCGUCCCCCACCGGCUUCAUGGGAGGAGCUCUCCGCCGCACCUCAGCGCAGCUCCACAGGUUGCGCCACUCCCCCAGCAUCGACCAGUGCACCAGCGACGACGACGAUGACGAGAGCGGUAAAAUAGGUAAAGGAGGGUCUCUGCCGUCGGGGCUGGGACAGGACACCCAGAGCACCGUGUGCAGCUUCAGGGAGGACAAGAGCUCCAAUACGCCUCUGCUGGAGAUUCAGUUUGGGGCGGAGCAGGAGAGGCGAGGAGGAGGAGGAGGAGGAGGAGGAGGAGGAGGAGGAGGAGGAGGAGGAGGAGGAGGAGGAGGCAAUGAGAAGAAGGAGGUGGAGUGGAAGGGCGAUGAUGAGUGGCAGAUCAGGGAGGAAGGAUGGACUGAAGAGAGGAAGGAGACCCAAGCUCCUGUGUCUCUGCUUCCUCCUCCUCCUCCUCCUCAGUCCUCAAGAGACUCAUUUAUUCAGUCAGCCUCCGCCGUUCCCUUCACCUCCCAUCACCCCUCUGCCUUCCAGUUCCACCCGGCUGCCCACUCCAGUCUGGAGCACUGCAGCUCCCAGCCGGCCAUCAACCAGAACAGAGCUGUGCCUGCCAUCCCCAAACCUCCCUUUGGAGGGAACAAAAUGUCUCUCCUCACUGUGCCGUCUUACAACGAACCUCAGCGUUUCCGCAGCGUGAGCAUGGGAUCAGAGCUGACCGGCUCUUAG